GGAUGGAGAGCGGGAGACGUCGGAAAAAUCCCACAGCGGCCAACUCGGGCGCGAAAGGCGGGUGCAAAAGUGAGGUACCUCGAAUGCCCUGAGGCAGGCACUGUGUGGUCAGGCGAAAAUGACGCGCGUCACCACACAAAUACAGUGCAAACCCUUCAUGUCUGUACCGUGUCCACCACCCAGACGCCCCCCUGCAGGUACAAGACGCGUCAACGCGAAGCCGAUUGUGGCAGAUUGGAUUUAAUCAGGGACGCUUUCACUCUACUUUGGACAUACUAUAGCGCAUAAUUGCAUAACAUCGGCAUAUCCGUCGCCCAUGCCACAACCUAUCGACAGCUGCAUGGAAUUCGUCGACGACAUCCCGCCUUCACUUGGUAUAUCCGGGACUUGACGGGACUGCAUACCUAUUCCACUAACAAAUCUAUAACUUUCGCUUUUCCAUAGAGGAUUUCUAUGAAACCACGCAGUGUCGCUGUUGGAAUGAGGCCAGUUAUUUUACCGAGAUGACGCUCGCUGCGACCCUAGGCGCGUUAACAGACGAAUUGAUACAGGUUAUCACCUCGACUUCGGCUCAGUCAGACCCCGACCGCUUAAACCUUUUAAGAGAAUCCAGCCUGCGGAAACUGCGCCAGCAUAAUUUCCUGCGCACAAAUCGCUUUGAGGUUGAUGCUAAACUCGACGGCUUUGAGGAGCAUUUUCGCGUCGCCAACCGGGAUGCCUUGGCCGACGCGCUCCGGGAGCGACUAGACGCUCUCGUACCCGUCUCUGGUGCACGCACCCCCGAGAUUCUUCACCUGCUUUUGGAGCUUGAGGACAACCCUGUUCAGAAAUCGAGUCUCGCCGAUCUCAAGUCGCUGAAAAGGUCAGAUGAGUCACCUGGGCUGCCCCUGAGAUGGGACACCGUAGCCAAAGAAGAAGGGUGGGACCAGGACCGGGACCUCUGGAAAAACGUAAACUUCGGCGAAGAUAGCUCCGAUGAGGAGUUUGUCGGGGGGACGUCGGACCUGUUGCCGGAGUCGGAAACUACCUCGGUAUUCAGCGACGAGGCCCGGUACCAAAAGUCGCCCGCUGAUUUUGUCGUCGGCUCUCAUGAUGAGGACAGACUGGACCAAGUUCUCGAAACCCAGCGCUGGAGGCACACGGCGGCUCCGAGGGACGCAGCAGCUAAGCCGCAGAAGACGGUGAUAUCGGAGUUCCACGCAGUGCGUGAGGUACUAUUCGCGCUAAACGGUCUCGAGAACACGCUCUUUGAUGCUAGGGGCGUUGCGUCGCUACACUACCAGCUCAGGCAUACCUCCUGGGAAGUAUGCAAAGCGCUCCUGGGUUCGUUCGGCGAAGCCGUGCGACGAUUGUCUGUCCUGCGCGAGUUCGUGAAGCAACCGCAGAACAUCCCGCUACUGCAGGUAUUUCGGGAGGCGGUUGAAAGGCGCCUCCGGACCUUUGAUAGAGAGAUAUCGAGUUUGCAAGCCCGCUAUGUCGAUAUCCAACAAGAUGUUGUCGUCAGCCUAGCCAAGAUCCUAGAUGAUGUGAGGCUCCACGUAGAGCCCCUAGCCUGCCUUUCCGAUAUUAUCCAGCAGCUUCAGCAGUCAAAGUAUCCGCGUUCGUUCCAUUACUUAGAGCUGCUCUUUGAAGCUGCUGGGGUCGCUCAGCUGGAAGGACGCGGCGCAGUGUACAGAUUUAUCGCCACGUUGUUCUUCGAGUGUUUCCAGGCCUACCUUCGGUCGAUUCGUCUCUGGAUGGAAGCUGGGGAGCUCAUCGAAGGGGACAAAACUUUCUUCAUCUCCAACGCUUCUAGCCCAGUUUCCAUGAGCCAAGUCUGGACUGAACAGUUCACGCUGCGGAGAACCCCUGACGGGAUGCAGUACGUACCACGUUUUUUGCAACCGGCCGCGUCCAAGAUACUCACCACCGGUAAGAGCGUCGUCGUCCUCAAACUCCUAGGGAGGUACCAAUCUAUCGGUUUCCAGAUGUCGGAGCCGCCCUUACAAGUCGAUGAGCGUCUGUCGUCUCCAUCCAGUGCCUUCACUCCAUUUUCCGAGGUUUUCAAUGAGAUUUUUGAGAAAUGGAUGAAGAGCAAGCACCACGCUGCUUCUGCUACUCUCCAGCAGACGCUCUUCGAGGCAUGUGGCCUCUGGUCGAUCUUGGACACCCUCCAGCAUGUGUAUCUGAUGUCCGACGGGUCACGCUCCGACACGUUCAUGUUCGCCGUAUUUAACAAUCUCGACCUCCUGAAUGCGAAAUGGCAUGAUCGGUUCAAUCUGACGGCCUUCGCGCACGAAGCGUUCGGCAACCUUAGCAACGUGCACCGGAUAUCCGUCAGCGUGCCCGAAAAUUAUCUCCGACACGAUGUCGCUGACGUUAGAAGAUCGGUCCGCAAGGGUCUUCCCUUGCUGAAGAUAACCUGCCGUCUGUCCUGGCCGAUUCGGAUUGUCUUGUCCGACGACACGCUAUCCCAGUAUCAAAGGGCCUUCACGUUCCUCCUUCAGCUGCGGCGGGCCAGCUACGUCCUUCAUAAAUACCGUUCCGUGUCAGAUAUCACAGCGGGGACGGCGAAUUUCUCAUCGGAACAAGCAGUUUACUACGGACUGAGGUCAAAGCUCCUCUGGUUUUGCAAUGUGCUUCACUCCUACCUAGGCACCUUGGUCGUGGAACCUUUGCGAGCCCAACUUCACGCGGGUCUUCAGCAAGCAGAGGACGUAGCUGCCAUGAUUAUGUCGCAUACAGCAUUUGCAAAGCGGAUGAUUGAUGAAAUGUGCCUCGGUAGCAAGCUUGAGCCCAUUCAACAAUGCGUCCUAGAUGUCUUCGAUCUUGCCAUCAGACUCCAGGAUGCGCGCCAGUUGGAGUCGGAAAGAGAGCAAGAAGAGGCUCAGGAGUUGUCGCGAUUAUCCGUUAUGUCGUCACCGGCGAAGUCUAGUAAGAGAAGGUAUGUUGGAAGCGACGAGGAAGAAGACAACACGUUCCUAUUAGAACAAGACACGACCACGAUGAUGCUGGACAGGGAGAAGACAUUCUCCGAGACUCUCUACGAGAUACGAGUAGACUUCGAUCGGCACUUGAAGUUUAUCUCCAGCGGGUUGAGGGGAGUCGCGAGAGCUAGCGGGGAUUCCGCUUCGGGGAAAUGGGACACGCUGGCAGACAUGCUCGAGACCGGGAUUCGAGAACAUGCGUAGAGAGGUUGCCCUGCAGCUUUGGCAGGCUUGUGAGCUAUACCGCUAGCAGUACCAUACAGAAUCAAUACCGAUCGAAGCCAACGCACACAUGACACUCACCAGCGCCUAUCUUGGCCAAGAGCGGAGCAAAUCGAGAUCUGACCUAGCGUGGGCUAGUGGGGGCUCCAUCCCAAGCUUUUUUAGGAUUCCGAAUGACGUGAAAUUCCUCCAAGUUAACGCGCUCCUUGGUCCAUCCAGAGUGUUUAGUCCCGUCAAAUAUGUCCUACGUUGGGGGUCAUCCUAUGAUGGGCCUGC